AUGGCAGCCACCGACCCUCCCUCGUCCACGCCGUCCCUGGCAAACACUCAACCGUCGACUCCGCGGUCGUCUUCAGGCGCUUCUGCCGCCGAAAAAGGCCAUAGCCUUCUCCCUUCCGACACGAUGUGGAACCGAUGGGUGAAUUUCUACCGCAUGGCCCGGGGGACCAUGUCCGAGACGGGGGCUGAAGAAUACUGGAAGGAUGCUGACCAACGGUACUCAAAAAUCGACUGUGCCCGGUGCGACACAUGGCGCAACGAACUGUUCCGCACGUCUCCAGUGAUAACAUUUAUGAACGACAACAUCCGCAAGCUAGGCGGUGAUUUGGGGCCUGACAACAUCCGGUGCCGCACAUGUUCGGAGAAAAUGCUGGCAGGGUUUGACCACCAGUAUGGCAUCAAGAUCUGCGCCAACCGCAUCGAGAGCAAAUCGAUGAUGGAGGACGUCCUCGCUCACGAGAUGGUACACGCAUAUGACCAUUUACGCUUCAAGGCGGAUCAGGUCGGCAACCUGCGGCACGCGGCAUGUACGGAGAUCCGAGCGAGCAACCUCAGCGGCGAAUGUCGGUGGGCAAAUGAGUUUUUCGGCAACAAGAUCAUGUCAUUUACAAAUCACCAACAAGACUGCGUGCGGAGGCGAGCGAUCAACUCAGUCAAGGCUCGACCGGGUUGCAAGGACGAAGCGCACGCAGAAAAGGUUGUGAACGAGGUCUGGGAUAGCUGCUUCCGUGACACGAGGCCAUUUGAUGAGGUAUAUCGAUGA